UUUCUCGGGGAAGAUGCCCCUCCGGACGCACGUCUAUUCUUCUCGGUGGAGCGAUUUGAUUACACCAAGGGGAUAAAGGAGAAAAUGGCAGCGUAUAAAGCGUAUUUCAAAAAGUACCCGGAUCGCAUUGGCAAAGAUGUCCUUUAUCAGGUGAGGGUUUCAGGUCUUGAAAAUCCUGUCGACCUGUAUUACGACUUAAGUUCCGGAUUGUUUCGUCAACAUAUAUGCUAG